UCCAUUACAUUGUUUGCUACGUCUGGCUGCGGUCGCUAAGUGAAAACAUGUCUGAAUAUUCGCACGUAAAAUCGACUAAACUUGUAUUGAAAGGUCAAAAUAAAGGAAAAAAGAAAAAGAACAAGGAUAAGAAGAGAAAAUCUACAAAUGACAAAGAUAAGCUUGAUAUUAUUGGUGGUUGGUGGUGUGUCAGUGGUUUCGGAGAAAUUGUUGGAACAGUUGCCAUAGAGAUGCAGAACAACUCGUACAUUCAUGCCCUGGAUACAGGACUCUUCACACUUGGUGCACCACACAGAGAUGAUGAGGGACCUGACCCACCGGAACAGUUCACUGCCAUUAAACUGUCCGACUCACGGAUUGCUUUGAAAUCUGGGUAUGGGAAAUAUCUGGGCAUCAACUCUGACGGCUUGGUGAUGGGGCGCUCUGACGCCAUUGGCUCUAGAGAACAAUGGGAGCCUGUCUUCCAGGAGGGUAAAAUGGCGCUGCUGGCUGCAAAUAGCUGUUUCAUUUCCUACAGUGACGAUGGAGACAUUGUGGCCAAGAACAAGACGGCAGGAGACAACGAGAUGCUUAAGAUCCGGACUAAUGCAGAACGAGAAGUCAAGCAUAAAGAUGACAUUGCAGAUGAAGACAGAGGAAAUGUAAAAUCCUGUGAGGUCAAUUAUGUGAAAAAAUUUCAGAGUUUUCAGGACCAACGACUCAGAGUUAAUGAAGAAGACGCCACUAAGCUCAAGAAAGCCAGGAUGGAUGGAAAAUUUCACGAAGCUUUGCUGGACAGGAGAAGCAAAAUGAAAGCAGACAGAUACUGCAAGUGAAGACUCAUGUAUUUCUACCAUGUUUUAAAUAAAAUCCUGUUUUUUUGCAGACUGGGCAUUUUUGGUUCUAUUUUUUUUAAUAAACCUUUUAAUAGUUUAAUUUGGUGUGUUGCUUAUUGCUUUGACUGCUAUAUAUGUUCAUACCUUGUGAUUAUGGCCUAAGAAUUUCAGGUGAUCCACUGGCCUUUCAAAGUAAAUAAUUAACCAGUUUGUAGCCACAUUGCUCUGUAGUAUCACUGGUGGCUACAGGGUUGCCUGCAUGAUCGAACUGCUUCUAGAACCGUAUAAAUAACUAAAUGUAUGAUCGAUUUAUCUAAAACUUAAUCAGUUUUUCUUCAAGCUUUAUGUUACAUUGAAGAUAUUAUCUAUAAAUAGAUGUAAAUUUUGUCCUCCCUGUAGGAGAAGUUUGCUUUGGACUGUGUGCUAGAAUAAAACAAUCUACAGCGCGGUAAAGGGACAGGCAUAAGUGAAACAAAGGCUGAAUACAGCAGGUGUUGGUGUCCAUAAAGGUUUAUCCCUUAGUACUUGAAUUCAUUAUUUACUGGUUUGCUUGUGUGUGAAAUGCAUAAAAUCAUUGGUGCAAUAAAUUAAUUGUAGCACAAAUGUGCUGUACAUAAUGGAAAAGAAGAGGUAAAGAGGCAUAAGCCUAAUUAGAAUUAGAAAGCAGAUAGCUUUUUGCUCUGAAAAAUCAUUAAGUUUUAUGACCUGACUAAAAUUAUUAACCAGUCAGGGGCAUUAGGUAUUCAGGAAGCCCAAAGCUGAUUUAUUAGAGAAGAAAAAUUAAGAGCCGUUUUAUAUUUUGUAGCAUUGAUCUUUUAAAUAUUGAGUUUAUGUACUGGUUUACCCAGGGGCCCUGGAUUAGUUCUACAUGCACAAAUCAGAGCAGUUUGAGGGCCAAACUUUUUAGUGUCGCAUAUUUAUAAAAUCUCACCUUGAAAAGUAGGAAAACUAAGAUGUGGAGUGAUUGAGCAAUGUGUAACUUGAACAUUAAAUUAGAUAUCUUUAGGUCUUACAAAAGUAUUCACACCCCUUAAGCAUCUGUUAACACUGGUCUUAACUUUGACUAGACCAUCCUAACCCAGACGCACUUCCGCAUGGGGCUUAAGAGUCCUGGUUGAUUUGAAAUAUUCAGAUUGAGAGUGUGAUUAGGAAAGAAGCUUGGAACUACUCAGUAUCUGCUUACUACUCUGCAUAGGGUGGCAAUUCUUUGUGUAAUGGGGCUCUGGCCACAAGCCUUCAAAUAUUUGUGUUCCCUUCAUAUGAAUUUCUUAUUCAGCCACUGUCCUAUAAAAUCCAGGUUUAUGGAGUACUUCUGCUGUCGUUUUAUUCUACAACCGAUUCUACCCAUCCAUUAUUACCAUGGGCCUCUAGGAGGCUUCUCUGAGGGACACUCCUCUUUCCUAUCUUGUAGCUGUUAAGGGGUCUGUUUUACAGUAGGCUGAAAGUUCAGCCAUAAUUUUUCUUCUGUGGCAUGAAAAAGAACUGUCAUAGGUAUAAAGCUUGGGACAUUGUUUUAAGAACUAACCCAACUCCAUUAUAAUAUUUAUUCACCUUCUCCUACAAACCUCUAAAACUUUAACAAAACAAUUCUGUUUACCAAUUAAGUGAUUUGUGAAACGUUUUAAUUUGCAGAUCUUUUAUUGAGGAAUGUUUUAUUCAAAUGGGCUAAAUAGAAAUGCACACACUUAAAAAAAAAAA